AUGCCUGAAAAACGGAAGUUCGAGACCGAAGUCACACGUUUCGAGAAACGUCUGCGUACGACCGUUCAUUCACUUCUUUGCGACAGGCUGCAGAUUCCUUACAACAGGAGCGAGCCAUAUCCAGUACCAGUCAACAUCGCCAUCAAGCAUUUGGUAAGUGUUGCCAAUGAUCAGGCGUUGGACUGGUACCUGGCGCAACACGCAGCUCAGAGCGCUCAGUCAAGCGCUGAUCCACAGCAGCCGCUGGGCCUGCCGGCGUUGCCCCCUGUGCCGCAGCAGGCGCUGCCGGGGCCAUCUCAGGGCUUGCACGGCAUGCCCCCUGGGCUGCAGCUGAGCUUGCCUGCGCCGCCCCCGCCACAGCAGCACCUACGGCCGCCUCUGUGGGCAGGCGCCUACCCGCAAUUGCCCGCCGCUCCGUAUGCCGUGGUGCCCCGGGCUCCGCCCCCAAUGGCACCACAGGGACUGUUCCCAGGAAUAUCGGGGCCGCAUCCUUACCAGCCUGCUUGGCCUCACGCCAGCGACAUUCUACGAGGAGAUGCUGAGGGUGAUUCCGAGCACGGCGAGCAGCAGCAGCAGCAGCAGCAGCAGCAGCAGCACCCAGUGCAGCGGCACCCCGUGGAGCAGCACGCUCCUGCAUCGAUACCCGUGGACGUGGUGAUGAAGCUUCUUGAGGCUGUAGCCGCAAAGGCUGCGCCCACCACUGGUCAGCCUCCGAGCGUGGUCAACCCGGAGGCGGACAGAGUUGUCAUUCCUUCCUUGCCAAGUCAUCUUGAUUAUACCCAGUGGCGCUACAGCGUCCAUGCCAAUGUGCUCGCGGCCUCCUCGGUGCCUCACUUGGUAGGCCCGUUCAUGGACGACGUGGCCAACCCGUACGUCAGCGACGAGAUGCUGGUCACGGACAGGCCUCCAGCGAUGGCAUCCAUCGACGCCAAGCUCUUCAGCGCGUUGGUGCAUCUGUUGGUUGCCAAGCCCUGCGAGGACUCCACCAGGAUACUCGGCGCCAUCCGCCAGCUGUGUCAGCCCGGCUGUGGACGACAAGCUUUACGUCUCAUUGAUGGCGACUAUCUCCAUCAAGGACCCCGGCGUCGUCAGAUAGCUUUGGCGGCUCUUCGCGAGAUGACCAAGCCCGUGCACGACAUCGGGCAGGCGGAAGCGACGCUCACCAAGCUUAAGAACAUCUUGAUGGAGCUCCGGGGUAGCCCCGAGAUGCCGACGGGGAGCGCGUCCUCGUCCUCUGCACCGUCGACGGCCGCUGCGGCUUUGAUCGACAGUCAGGUCGCCGAGUUUCAGCGGUACUUGGCUGCUCAGGCAGCCGUCAAGAAGGCCUACGGCUGCGAGUGCACGCCGGCAGCGAUGCAGUCUACCGAUGUGCUUUUGGAUUCUGGGUCAACGUUUCACUUCACGGGCAAAGUUGGCGAGGCCGGCAUUUCGCCCACGGCUGCAGUGGAGGUUGCCACGGCUACAGGCGAGUCCGCCUUCAACCAGGGCGCCACGUCGAUCGACAACUCGCAGGUGGGACCUCUGCACGCUCACUUUGCUCCUGGGGCGCCUACGGCUGCCGGCUUAGGGAAAUUGAUCAAGGAUCUGAAGCUGGACUUCUCUUGGUCGUGGCGCGACUUCGAAAACCCCGCCCUGACAACAGCGGAAGGUGUUCCGCUGAGUGUUCAUGUCGAGGAGCUGUGCGUGGACCAGCGUUCGUUCGGCAGCCACAACUACGCCACGGACAGCAGCCACCAGGAUGAGUGCAUCCACCUCAACGGCAUGUUUUGUCCACCUCACAAUGUGGGCCAAACCGCCUGCAUUGCCCAGGUCUUGGAACAUGGGGACCGUGCCCCACGCCAGUCGGACACUCGCGAAGUACCACUCCCAGGGGUCGUGGUAGAGGACGACGAGUCGCAGACUCUGAUCAUGGACAAGCCGGUUGUCGCACACCACUUCUUAGGUAUCGACAUCAAUUUGAGUGAGCCAGUCAGCCCCAACCUUGUGCUGCGCAAGAAGCAGACGCCAUGUCAUGACUCAGUAUGUGUAUUGGGUAUUGGCGACGGUGCUGAUCAGGGGGGGGGGGGUUAUGCGAAGUUGGCAGCUCGUUUGAUUGGCAUGCUCUUGUAUUUGAUGCGGGGCACUCGGCCUGAACUUGCUGUCGGCUUAUCGAUUUUGGGAUCUUUUGUUGCGCGCUGGUCAACACUAUGCGACGUAGUCGCCAUCGGCAUCAUGUCCUACCUCAACACCUACCCCAACGUCGUCCUUACCCUCGCAGGCGACGAGAGAGACGUCCACCACAUGACCUCGGAGACGUUCGCGGACUCCGAUCGCGCAGGAGAUAAGGAAACCAGCAAAUCCAUUUCAGGCGCACUGAGCUUCAUUAUGGGAGAGCAUGGCACGAAAGCCCCCAUAGCAUGGUUUGCCGUGAAAAUUAGAUCUUCUGGUAUCUCGACUGGGGAAGUGGAGGUUGCAGCAGCGUCGGUCGCACUGAGACGGUUGGCUCUUCCGCUGACUUCCGUGCUGGAGUUCGUGUUCGUGCCCGGCGGUGCGACGAUCCUCAUUCUGUUGCGCGGCGACGCCGAGGUGGCCGAGCACGUCUUUGCCAGUGGGCGAAGCAAGGCCAUGAGGUACUUGAGGAAGGUCCAUCGCGUCAGCAUCCACUUCGUCUAUGACGUCUUACAUCUUCCGGGGGUCUCGUACAAGCAUGUGGAAGGCAGUGAGAACUGUUCGGACUUGUUGACCAAACCACUACCCAAGGACACCCAUGUCAAGCACGUGCACUUCAUGGGACUGGUUAUCUUAUCGGACGACAACCAGGUGAUGGCCGUGGUUGCCUACAAAGCGAACAAGGGUUUCAAACAGGGUGCCCGUAGGGUGUGGGUCUCGCCGGACAUGCCUCACACUCUGGAGCACAUGCUCCUGCACCUUCCCAUGCACCCCGACUGCGAGAUUUGCCAGCUUGCAAAGAUCUCGCUGACCCCGGCGCGGCGCGCAGUGAGUUCUGAGCGGGAGACCGUUUAUGGUGGUAGAUUCUACGCCGAUCUCAUCGGGCCGGUGCUGCCGGACAUUUCUGGCUUCAAGUACUUGCUCGUGUUGCGGGAUGAGGCCACUGACUACGCUUUCGUGCACCCCAUGCCCGACAAGACGGGCUCCACGGUGACGGAGGCUUACAAGGUGCUCACCGUCGACUCCGUGAUCAAGAACGUACGGCCUGAUUGGGGCUGUGAGUUCCAGGGUAGAUUCGAGAAGCACUGCCGCCGAGUGGAUGCCCAUAUCGAGCGCGGUCUGCCGCGUCGUUCCACCAAUUGCGCGAGAGCUGAACGGUGGCAUCGAACGCUCGAGGAGGGCGUGCGUGCAGACUUGUGCCAGAGCGGCCUUGGACACCAAUGGUAUGCCAUGAGCGCCGUCAUGUGGACUGAGCAUUGGAAUCGCGUUGGGCGCGAUGGCCGUAUAUCUCCAUACUUUCACAGAUUCAAUCGUACGUCUGAUUUGGAAUUGAGGCCAUUUGGUUCUUUGAUCAUCUAUCUUAAGGACAAGCCUUCGGCGAUCACCAACCUCCCAAAGUUCGAACCACGAGGCGACUUCGGCGUGGUCGUCGGCUACGGCGCCCGGGGGAGUUUUAUCAUCUUGCGACUCGCUCCGUUCAUCCAGGAAGGUCGCAGGUUGUUCAAGAGAACACGGGACGUCAAGUUCCCCGCUCACGGCCCGAAGUUUCCCGUGCGUCAUCUUCUCAAGAGUAAGGAGCCCGAGGUUGCAUGGCAUUUCCUCCUCCCGUGCGAGCAGGUCCCGGACGACGACGUGGAGCUGCACGCCCCGCACGGCGACAGGUGCGCUACCUGCUCAGGGUUCAUCGCCACCGACCCCGUGACUUGCAAGGCCUGCAUAGAAGGUGCGCCCAGGAAGCGGGUCACCAAGAAGGAGACGUCGGAGAUCCACAGCAAUGACCAGACUUGUAAUCUUCGACGUCGCCAUUGCGUGAGUGCUGACUCUGUUGGAACUGAUGUCGUGCAGUGCCUUGUGGACCCAUUACCGCCGUGUGAGGAGGAGACUUCUGUGGCCGACAUCGUUUUUGGCACCUUGAUCGUCCCUGACACGGUCGAGCCUGCUCCAUCCACUGUUGGCCCAGACUUCCACGAGCCCGAGAAUCUCGCUUCAGCCGCCGGCCAUUUCAAAAACCAGGUGGAGAAGGGAACCACCUCGUCAGAGGAGGCGGUGAAGGGGUUCUGCAUGGUCUACAAAGCUGUCCCUCUCAAAUCCGCCUCCGCCCAGACACCGGAGGCUCAGGUCGCCAUCCGGAAGGAGUUGGCCACGAUGGAGGAGCUCAAGGUUUGGGACCCAUACGACACCGUCAUGGAGCUAUGGCAACUUCGUUCUCUGCAUCCUGAUGCUCUUGUGGUGUACGCCCAUCUUCUUUUAGGCUGCAAGGACACGGAGUCUUCCGGACUCGACGUGCUUGACCCGCUGCAGGCGUACCUCCUGAAGUGGAAGGCCCGCAUUGUUGCUGGAGGCGACCGUCUUCUUGACCAGUACGGCCGGCACUAUGGGGAGAAGGACUUACAUGGUGCACCUACCAGUCUCGAAGCUGUACGUCUGGUGUGUUGGUGGGCCACGAUGUCUCCAACACACACGCUUUUGCAGGCUGAUGUGACAGGCGCUUACCUGCAGUCCCAGCUCGGAGGACGGCCGGUAUGGAUUGUCUUACCUCCGAGCUUGUGGCCGAAAUGGUGGUCCGAGAAAGGCUACAAGCAGCCCGUGUUGCGUUUACGGAAGGCUUUAUACGGAUUGCAGAGGUCUGGUUUUGAUUGGGCCAAGAAGGCCCACAGCGUCCUUACUGCAGCCGGCUGGACUGUCAUUCCGGAUGUUGUCGACGCUGUGUACAUCAAGCGAGACGGCUCCAAGGUGUGCAUCAUGGCGUUGUACGUCGAUGACAUUUUGGCCAGUGGGCCGAGCGACAUGUUGUCGGAAGCCUUGAACGCCAUCAGAGGACAUCCAUGA